UCCUUCCUCCACCUAACCCCACUCUCACCCUCCUCAUCAAUGCUCUCGGAUUUUAUUUCUUCACCGCAUCCUUGUAUUUAAUUCUAUUCAUUCUUCCUCUCCAUUUUGCUCCUCAGAUCAAUCUCCUUCUUCGUUUUCAUCAUUCCCUUUCUCAUUACUCUGCUUGAUUCAACCAUGAUUUCCGUUGAAUCCCAGCAAAACCCAGACCUCACUUCUCCUCCUUCCCCAAAACUUGCUUCAAAUGAUGCAAAAUCUGCAGAUUCUUCUCAGACUACCCAUAUCUUCAAGUCUAAAUUACCAGCCAUAACUAUUUCGAACCAUCUUCCGCUUCACGCUUACUGCUUCGAGAAUCUCUCGCAAUUCGCUGACCGUCCCUGCCUCAUCAUCGGCUCCACCGGGAAAAUUUACUCCUAUGCGGAUGCUCACCUGCAGUCGCGGAAGGUCGCCGCCGGAUUCUCCAAGCUCGGGAUCAAGAAAGGUGAUGUGAUUAUGAUACUGCUUCAGAAUUCUGCUGAAUUUGUUCUGUCGUUCUUCGCUGCUUCAAUGAUCGGCGCUGUGGCCACUACGGCGAAUCCGUUCUACACUGCUGACGAGAUCUUCAAGCAGUUCCGCGCCGCGAAGGCAAAACUGAUCAUCACGCAAUCCGCGUACGUCGGCAAGCUCCGAGACCACGAGGCCGGUGCGGACAUCGGAGCGGAUCAGCUUAAGGUGAUCACCAUCGAUGAUCCGCCAGAGAAGUGCUUGCAUUUCUCGGUGGUGUCGGAAGCCGACGAGAGCGAGAUGCCAGAGGUGGAGAUCGACCCGGACGAUCCGGUGGCCUUGCCGUUUUCUUCCGGAACGACAGGAUUGCCUAAGGGCGUGAUUCUGACACACAAGAGCUUAACGACGAGCGUGGCGCAACAGGUCGACGGCGAGAAUCCGAACCUGUACCUGAAAGCAGAGGACGUGUUGCUAUGCGUGCUUCCUCUGUUUCACAUAUUCUCUCUGAACAGUGUGUUGUUGUGCGCUCUGAGAACGGGAAGUGCGGUAUUGCUGAUGCACAAGUUUGAGAUUGGGGCGUUGCUCGAACUGACCCAGAGGCAUAAGGUGUCGGUGGCGAUGGUGGUGCCGCCGCUGGUGCUGGCGUUAGCGAAGAAUCCGAUGGUGGCCGACUUCGACCUGAGCUCAAUACGGUUGGUGUUGUCCGGGGCGGCGCCGCUGGGGAAGGAGCUGGAGGACGCUCUAAGAAGCAGAGUACCUCAGGCCGUUUUGGGUCAGGGGUACGGAAUGACGGAGGCAGGGCCGGUGUUGUCCAUGUGUCUGGGCUUCGCAAAAGAACCCUUUCCAACAAAGUCAGGGUCAUGUGGCACCGUCGUCAGAAACGCAGAUCUGAAAGUCGUUGACCCUGAAACUGGGCGCUCUCUGGCUUAUGGCCAACCCGGUGAGAUUUGCAUCCGAGGCCAGCAAAUCAUGAAAGGAUAUCUGAAUGAUGAGAAGGCGACAGCAGCAACAAUAGAUGCAGAGGGAUGGCUUCACACAGGGGAUAUUGGGUACGUAGAUGACGACGAUGAGUUAUUCAUAGUGGACAGAGUUAAGGAGCUCAUCAAAUUCAAAGGCUUCCAGGUGGCACCAGCUGAACUUGAAGGCCUUCUUGUAAGUCACCCUUCCAUUGCAGACGCAGCUGUCGUCCCGCAAAAGGAUGAUGUUGCUGGUGAACUUCCUGUUGCGUUUGUGGUAAGGUCAAAUGGCUAUGAUCUUACUGAAGAGGCCGUAAAGGAGUACAUAUCCAAACGGAGGGAAUUAGGUGUGAUGUGUAAUCCAUGACAAAAAUCUUCUUCGCUGGAGACAAUUCUAUGAGGAGGUGCUCAUAAUUCAUUCAACCAAUCGUCAUUGUAUCUUUGCUAUAUUCUUUCCCCCUUGUCUGUCUUGUAUAUUUAAAUGUACCCUAUAAUGUCAUUUGAAAUAAAUUUCUCUUGUCACCAACUGUGACAUAAAUCGAUGUAGAAAA